AAAAAUAAAGAAACAACUCAUCUACAUACUACUAGUUGUUUGUUACCCACCCGUCCCCAAAACCCUAAUCGAGGUUCUCUCCUCCUCACUAUAUAUUGCUUGUGUCGCUGGAGUCCAUCGCUUAGAAACCAAAAGGCUCUCUCACGCAGUCGCAGUGAGUGAAAAGGAAAACCCUAAUUGCGGUAUUCUCAGUGCCUUCGAGAGAAAGAAAAAAUGGCAGAUAAUCUUGUUCUCCGUGGCACCAUGCGCGCCCACACCGACGUUGUGACGGCGAUUGCCACUCCCAUCGACAACUCCGACAUGAUCGUCACCGCCUCACGCGACAAAUCCAUCAUCCUCUGGCAUCUUACCAAGGAGGACAAGACUUACGGUGUCCCCCGCCGCCGCCUCACCGGCCAUUCUCAUUUUGUCCAGGACGUCGUCCUCUCUUCUGACGGCCAGUUUGCCCUAUCCGGCUCCUGGGACGGCGAGCUCCGCCUCUGGGACCUUGCUGCUGGCACCUCCGCUCGCCGCUUUGUGGGCCACACCAAGGACGUGCUCUCCGUGGCCUUUUCCAUUGACAACCGUCAGAUCGUGUCUGCCUCUCGUGACCGCACGAUCAAGCUGUGGAACACCCUGGGAGAGUGUAAGUACACAAUCCAAGACGGCGAUGCGCAUUCUGAUUGGGUAAGCUGCGUCCGUUUCAGCCCUAGCACCCUUCAGCCCACUAUUGUUUCUGCCUCGUGGGACCGCACCGUUAAGGUUUGGAACCUGACAAACUGCAAGUUGAGGAACACGCUUGCUGGACACAAUGGUUAUGUGAACACUGUUGCUGUUUCCCCUGAUGGCUCUCUGUGUGCCAGUGGUGGCAAAGAUGGGGUUAUUCUUCUGUGGGAUUUGGCUGAGGGUAAGCGUCUUUACUCCCUCGAUGCUGGUUCUAUCAUACAUGCGCUCUGCUUCAGCCCCAACAGGUACUGGCUUUGCGCCGCCACUGAACAGAGCAUCAAGAUCUGGGAUUUGGAGAGCAAGAGUAUCGUUGAAGAUUUGAAGGUUGACCUAAAGACUGAGGCUGAUGCCACCACCGGUGGUGGUAACCCCAACAAGAAGAAGGUUAUCUACUGCACAAGUUUGAACUGGAGUUCGGAUGGAAGCACUUUGUUUAGUGGCUAUACCGAUGGCGUGGUCAGAGUUUGGGGUAUUGGUCGUUAUUAGGUUAAGCUGUUUAGUGCUUUCAGAUGCGAAUCUGUUUUGAGUUUUGGGACAAGUUAGUUACUGCUUUACUGUAGAAUUGAUUUUUAUGUUGAAGACCGUGGCAUGAGGCCUUUUAUUUAUUUUUAAAACGUUCGUUUUGGUUAUUACUUGUUACAUGGAUAUCUUAACAUCUUGGUUUUUCUCCGGUCACCAAUAUUAUCUUUACUUCGGAAUAUCA